AAGCAAAAGAUAGAAAGUGUUUGACGAUCAUCAACAUAAAUCAUCAGAAAUCUACCUUUUCUGAGGGUAGAACCGUGACACUUGUCCAUCCUGUGACCAUACAGAGCGCUUGUCAUGAUGAACAGUCAGCAGUCCAGUCCGAGACCUCAGGCUGUUUCCAUGGCGACCACUUCACCUUCAACAGCAACGCUGUCCCCGGCUAACUUGAACCCACCAAUACUAGUAGAGCAGCCUAAAAAUCUGAUGAUGUCACCGUCUCCUUCAGCGUCGUCUCCAGUCAUCCUCCCUCCUGUUGUCCCGCCUCCAGCUCAUCAACGUCUCUCCUUACCACAGCUGACUAGUGCACUCACAUCAGCGAAUCUGUCUCCAAACAGUGGUUUGGGACCACCAACCCUAAGCCCGUCCCAUCAUCCUCACCACUCUCCCUCGGCCGUGUUUCCCAGCGGAUCCUCCCCUGUAUCAGCGUCUCCAAUACCCAUGACUGUAACCAGUCCGAUAGGCAAGCAUGGUGGGUGUCUCAGUGCUCUAACCGCCUCUGUGAACGCCCUACAGCGCCCCGCCAGCACCUCCGGCCACUACCUCGUCCAGCAUUCCCCAAAGAGCCCUCCAUCAACAGCUAUGGUCAGUGGGGUACCAGUCGGCAUAAGACACCUCCGUCCAGUGCUCAAGACCUCAGUGGGAGGCAAAUCAGACCAGGCGGUCAUCAUCACCACUCAGACCCCGAUAUUUAACCGAUCUCACCACUCACAGACCACCACAACCAUGGUGAACCUCCCGGGCACAUCCCCGAUGUCCACCCUGGUGCGCGUGACCCCGUCAAUGCAGCAGGCUAUUCACAACGCCCAGCCACGCCCUCUCAUCAUCCAACCCCGUAUGAUGGGCGGUUUGGGGUUAAUCACCACCGCCGAUGUACCCCUGAUACGCGGCGUCACCUCAACAAUGGUGAACAACCCCACCCUGAUUAACCCAUACAACGUCCCCCAGUCAAAGCUUCACUCUGCCCUGACUGGUUUCAGUGAUGGAUCACCACCUAGAAUCCAUCUCCCUCCCUCCCCACACGGGCCUCUUAGCUUGGUGGCACAGGUCCAACCCCAAGGAAAAUGCACAUCCUUCACCAUGCAUCCAUCCAAGUCAAUCCCCCACGCCAAUGUUACGCUCCAUCCUCAAAUGAGACACAUCGCCCCUGCUAAAGCCCCAAUAUCCCACGUCCCGUUGCAACCUAAACGACCCCCACCUUACCCAACCGGGGCCGGGAGUCCCAUAUCCCAUCAUCCACUGUCGCCCGGUGCCUCAUACGCCAUGAAACACAACAUUUCCAAAAUGAAGAAUCCCUCGCCUGCCACCAAACCAGGCUCACAAGUUAAACCGAUCAAGCCAGUCCAGCAGCAAGGUCAACGGUCAGAGGUCAAGAUGGUGAAACCCGUGCAACGGGAGAAGAAAUCACCCUUGAUCCCGGUAGCUGUCCCACCCCUUGUGGUUCCCACCGCACCCGUUAGACCUGACGUGACGUCUACGGUAGAACCACAACAACAGACGAAAGCACCAGCUGGCCAGUCGGAGCUGGUCACUCUUCAGCCGAGGGCAGAGGUCGUCGGGGUGACCGAGGGGGUGGCCAGAGUGGAGAGACAAAUCCCUAAGGCUGUGGUCAAACCUCAGGUGCUGACCCAUGUCAUUGACGGUUUCAUCAUUGAAGAGUCUAAAGAACCGUUCUCGAACUGGAAACAGACAGGAGCUUGCGCCAACCUGCCUGCUUCAAGAAUCGGCCCGUCCUCUCUGUGGUCCGAUGAGUACCCUCAACUAGACCCAAGGUUACAGCAGUCUCAGAUGAGCGCAAGGAGAGACGAUGGACGACAACAAGAUGGAAUGCAGUCGCUUAAACGUUCAGCGCCUGAUAACCAAGAGAUGUCCGAUGGCAUGCCGCUCCGCUGCGAGUUCUGUGGCAAAGUAGACCGCCCUCACAAGUUCAAACGCUCCAAGAGGUUCUGCUCGCUGGCUUGCAGCAAGCGCUACAACGUGGGCUGCAGCAAGAGACUCGGGCUGUUCGCACCGCAACGGGAGAACCACGAGAGGAUUAAGCAUAAGAUGAAACUACAAGUGAAGGCAAAACCACUCAAAGGCUCCAGAGGGAAGCACGGACGUCUCAGCUUCAAUGUCGACAGACCGUGGUGUACUGGUCAGUCAUUCGGCCACUUUCCACAAGGGGAAAGGAUGUACAGUCAAGACCAGCAGCAGCAGGGAAGCUCCUCGAUGUCCACUACAUCUGCUGCCAUGUCCAAUCCCACCGCUGCCACCAACCAAGAUAGGGAAAGCAACAGCAGCAGCGCUGGACCGUCAGAGGAAUCCUCAUCCCUGGAGUCGUCCAUGACUUUCUCCCCGUCUCCCAACAGCGAAGUGGACGAGACUCCACCGGUUUCGGACGAUGCCUUCGAUGAUCCGGCCGGUCCUGAAGGAGAUCCGGCCAAGUGGUCGGUCCAAGACGUCUACGAUUUCAUCCACACACUACCAGGCUGCUCGGAUUACGCCGACGAGUUCUUGAGGCAGGAGAUCGAUGGUCAGGCCUUGAUGCUUCUCAAGGAGGACCACUUGAUGACAGCAAUGAACAUGAAACUCGGUCCAGCUCUAAAAAUUAUCAGCCGAAUUUACUCGCUGAAAGAGAAAAUAUAACCGAGAACCAAUUUUUCUUUGCAGUACUGCGGAAAGUGAUCUUAGAAGCUAAGGUCCAAGGUGGUUGAGGUCAUGACCUCUGUGGCCCCCAUGUAAUUUCAGGCCUGGUGGUCUGUUUUAUUCCGACUGUAGAACCUAAUAUCUUUGCAGUACUGCAGAAAGUGAUUUCUGAGUGGGACCAUUUUUUAAAAAGACGUGGAAGCCAAGAUCCUGGGCGAUGUGACUCUUAUGAAAUUUCAAGCCAGGUGUUCUCUGUGUUAUUCCAGCCGUAGGACCAGAGAAGCAGUGUCAACUGUAAUUAGUACCUUUUUAAUACAUUUAUUUAAGUAUUUAAAUAUUAAUAUAAAAUAGGUCAUGUUAAAUGUCUUGUGAACUUGUGAGAAUUGUUUACGAUGUGUAUCUAGCAUGGAAUAGUGUUGUUCUUGUUGGUAAAAAAAAUUAGAUCUUUUCUAAAAAGAGGCACUUCCAUUGAAAAAUGAAAAAGUCUACGGAAACAAUUUUCAUGAGGUUUAGCAUGUUCAAAAAAAGAAUUUGAAAUCGUGUUUUGGUAUAGUAGUGAUGUUCUGCAUGUGAACUGUGUGGGACGGAUUGUCUAUUUUGUGUUUAUGGAGUUAAAACAUUUAACAAAACUUAAAGGCAGUGGACACUAUUGGUAAUUACUAAAACUAAUAAUUAGCAUCAAAACU